CUUUAACUCACGCAAAUGACGGCUUCACUGGGCACAAACGACACCAGAUUCUCUUCUGCAACUUUAACGCACACCAGGGACAAAAUCACCGACAGGGAAACAGAUUUUUUUUUUCUUUUUCUGGCACAAAGAAGCGUUAAAGUUACACAAUGAGUCUGAAGUCAGAUUCAGAGACGAACACCAGUGUUUCAUUAGAGGAGGAGGUACGAACACUAUUUGUCAGCGGGCUGCCUGUUGACAUCAAACCACGUGAGCUUUACCUGCUGUUCAGACCCUUCAAGGGAUAUGAAGGAUCUCUCAUAAAACUUACCUCAAAACAGCCUGUGGGGUUUGUCACGUUUGACAGCCGGUCUGGGGCUGAAACAGCCAAGAAUGCGUUGAAUGGGAUUCGCUUUGACCCAGAGAGCCCUCAAACUCUGCGUCUGGAGUUUGCUAAAGCCAACACAAAGAUGGCAAAAAGUAAACUGAUGGCCACGCCAAACCCUUCCAACCUGCACCCAGCUCUAGGUGCGCACUUCAUCGCUCGAGACCCAUAUGACCUGACGGGGGCAGCACUGAUCCCUGCGUCUCCUGAGGCGUGGGCUCCGUAUCCUCUCUACACCACUGAACUGACCCCAGGCCUGCCUCACGCAGCCUUCACCUACCCCGCCGCUGCUGCCGCCGCCGCCGCCCUGCACGCCCAGGUGAGGGACCAACCGAUGCGCUGGUACCCUUCUCCCUCUGAAAGUUCUCAACCGGGAUGGAAGUCACGCCAGUUCUGUUAAAUAAUCAAUGCCGUUCCGUACCAGACGUUUUGUUUUUGUUUCUCCCUCCUGUUUAAAUGAAGGCCAACUGGGCGCGGCAUUUAAUUUAAUCAGGUUUAUUUAAAGGACAAUCUAAACAUGAAGGAUUGUUUUCCUGGAGGAAGUCUUCUACAAAGCACUCGGAGAUGCUGAGGUCUCUGACAAACCUCACGGUACUGUCUCCAUUUCAAAAGCCACGCUUGACGAGCCAAUCGCACAGGCGUUCAACAUGUGUAGCUGCUCUGGUAGAUGUAUGUUUUUGAGGUCGUCAUUCUGCAUGCGAUAAGGCAUGAGUUUUAGAAUCCAGACCUUUUCUUUUCCAUCCCAGCUAACCCUGAAUUUUUUUUUUUAGCCUCUUGUUCUUGCAGUUUCUUUCAUUGUGCGAAAGAUGGUGACCUGAAAUUAGAAAUUUUUUUUUUUUUUUUUUUUUUUUUUUUUUUUUUUUUUGCAAACCAGUCUCUCUGUACCUUUUUUGGUUUUCUGUUUUUAAGAACUGAUGACAUAUGCACUGGGUAUUUGUUUGUUUGUGAUCUUGAUGUGAACCAAGCAGAUUCGAGUUCUUGCCUCCUCCAGACCUUCGAUGCAUUUUCCUCUGCCCUGAAAUCACCAAUCCUCCGCUAUCUGUGUCUGCUUGGAGAAUAUUUGAACAAAAAAAAAAAAGAAAUGUACUAGUAUUUUUGUACAUUUGUGUAAUGAAUAUUUAUGCAUUUGUUUUGUGCAAUUAAAUAAGUAUAUAUGUAUAAGUAGUUUAGUGUUCCCUUGUGUUAUUUUUAUUUGUAAUAGAUGUUAAUUCAGUCUAUAACCUGUUUGAAGUAAAUAAGUGCAAUCUUGAUUUUUUUUUUUUUUUUUUUUUUUUUUUUUUUUUUUUUUUGCUGUUACAUACUGAAGUUUCCAGACUGUGGCAGUACUGUAAGUUUAAACGGACUGCUAACAUGAGAUUGCUGUAUUAUAAUAUAAAAAAAAGUAAAUGCUGAUUUCUUUUUCAGAAUGUGAAACUGGAGAAUAAAAGGGAAUCUGAGGA